AUGUUGGCCUCUUCACCUUCACCUUCAUCCGCCGCCCUGCGUUCUCCCCUGCCGAACCCGCGUCCACAUCAACUUCCUCAUCCGACCGGAGCGGCGCAGUAUGAGCCAUCUUCCGCUUCUCAAUUCAGCAGCCCUCGUUCAUCGCGUCUGGCCAUUGAAGAGCUUCGUUCAGCGCUGAAUCGUCACUCCGUUGAUUCGACAUCCCCUGAAUCCCCUGCAUCUUUGAAGCGCCGCGCACUGGCCGCAUCAACGGCGUCCCCCUCCUCUUCCUCCUCCUCCGCCUCCGCCGCCGUUGAGACUACCGCCCCCAAUCCCGCCUUGGCUCUGGACUCGGAUUCUGCAACCGCCACCGCUGCGAGCCUCUCCUCUGAUUCUUCAGCAACAUUCGCCUCUGUCAAUCCUCCGUUGCCGCCCGACGCCGCUCAAUUCUCGACCGCUGAAACGGCCGCUGCACCCUCCAUGCCCGCCCCAGAGAACUCGGGGUCCAAUAAGCGCAACAGCCAAUGCGACCAUCACUCCCCCAAUGUUGCAGCCCCCACGGAUUCGUCACAGGAUGCAGAGGUCUCACAGCCGAAGCGGCGACGGUCUUCCCGCGUUGAUGUCAAGAUCCUGCCGGCACGGUACGAGGAAGUUGAGCCCCGUGAUCUGGUCGUGCUGAUAUCCAGCAUGUUGAUGGAAUUAAUCCGCUUCAAUGACAAGAUCCCUCUGCAUCAGGGGCGCUUGACUCGAUUUCACUCACGGUCUCCUCCACGAAUUUCCGUCCAAGAUUAUCUUCAACGCCUCACGACACAUGCGACCCUUUCGCCGCCAAUUCUGUUGAGCAUGGUGUAUUACAUCGAUCGACUUUGCGCAUUAUAUCCCGCCUUCACAGUUUCCAGUCUGACCAUUCAUCGGUUCCUGAUCGUCAGCGCGACAGUGGCUAGCAAGGGUCUGAGUGAUAGCUUUUGGACAAACAAAACAUAUGCGCGCGUCGGAGGUAUUACCAUGACCGAGUUGGCGAUGCUAGAACUUGAAUUCCUCUUCAAGGUUCAGUGGCGGAUUGUACCACAGCCCGAGAUCCUGGAAGAUUACUAUCAGAGUUUGAUCGAGCGCUGUGAAGGAUUUGAAAUCGAGCGUAUCAGUGCAGAUCACAACACUGCGCCGACGGCCCCAUCCCCGGCCGCAAAUACCCCAUCCGCGUAG